AUGGGAGUGAGAGGAUUCAGUACACUGCCCACGCUAGGCGUUGGUACGGCCAGUAUACUGUUCAGCCCAAGACCGAGACCGCCGAGUAAUCCCCCAAGCCCAUUCUGGACACUGCUAGCCUGCAAUAUCGGCGAUGGGAGCAGUGGAGUAGCUGAAGAGGGGAGUAAUGCAGGGGCCGACGAGGGCAGGAUCAAUGGUAUGGAGGAUACUGCAAGCGUCGAAAGUCUGAUUGACGAGAUCUGCGAGUUGAGUGAGUUCAGGACAUUUGAUACCGCAACAGAAACGCUAGGGAGCGCAGCUACCCCCGACACGCUAGGAAGAGCCACACUUGGGUUUGGGGACGAUGGAAUAUUCGAAACGGCCGACAGGAGACUUCCACCGUUUAUGACUGGAGCCGCAGACAGAGGACUACUAGCAGCUGCCCCUGUUGAUUGCCUUAUUCCAGGCGAAGAGCUCGGCAGCAAGCCCAGGAUAGCCGAUGGCCCGACAGAGAGACUGGCUUCAAUGCUGAAGCUAACGUGA